UUUGGUAAAAAUGUAUUUUCAUCACUUGGCUACAUUCUGCUGAUGAAUUAGGUUAUUUGCUUUAAACGGAAAUAAAUUUAAGUAACUUGGAUUUUUUGAAGUCGAAAAGAGCAUGAGUGUUAACGAUGAAAAAGCAGUGGACAGCGAUGAAGAUUAUUGUAUUGAGGGCGACUGUGAUGCCAAAAGUAGCGAAAAUAGCGACACCAGCUCUGACGAAUCGGAUGGAUCAGAGGUGAAAGAAAAAAAAAAUAUUUCUUCGUUUAUACAUCAAGAUGGAGAGGGUAGCAGCCCCACGUCUCGGAAGACCAGACAGGCGAAAGGCUCGAAACAAAAAUUUAAAAACGAUAAAGAUGAACUUCACUCAGAUGAAGAGGCUGAUAAAUCCAGAUCUAAUGCGCUUUGGGCCGAUUUUCUUAAUGACGUUGGGUCUACAACAGAAACCCAACAGAGAAACCCAACGGUAAUCCAGAAAAAAAUACCUGUAGAAACACGGUCGAGCGGACUACAAAAAAAUGUGAACAUGACUGAGGAGGGGCUGUCUAGUAAAAAGAAUAUAGAGAAAAGAGCAGUUAAACGACCCACAGGACUGGGUGGUGUCGGUUCUUUCAUAAAUAUAUUGGGUAAAAAGAAGAAAAUGUCUGUGUUGGAAAAGUCGCAAAUGGAUUGGAAUACGUUUAAAAGCGACGAAGGCAUAGAUGAAGAGUUACGUACACACAAUAAGGGCAAGGAAGGAUAUUUGGACCGCCAAGACUUUUUACAAAGGACAGAUAUGCGUCAGUUUGAAAUUGAGAAGAGCUUGCGACAAUCACGUCGGAAAAAAUAAUCAUCUCUUAAAGACGAAUUUAUUUUCAUCCAUUUUGCUUAAGAUAAUAUUUUAUAGAAUAAUAUAACUAUAAAUAAGCUAAGGAUUAAUAUAAA